AUGGAGAAUCGAACGCCCAGGUUAUUGUGGAGCACCCAGAGGUUCAUUCCUGGACAUGAGAAAACAGGAGUCACGUCGCACGCAGCUCCCACCGACGAUAUCUUUGCUAAUGAGAAUGAUGAAGACGAGAUCUCGCUGCAGGUGUCCGCCAGGAAGCUAUUGCACCACGUUUUCGACCCGGCGGUGAACGUCGACUCUGCCGAUCUGGAUUAUACCUUAUCGCAAAAGCGCGCGCGCCAUUUCCACUGCACGUAUGCUGUAUUUGACGGGGUCAAGUCUAAGGAGAAUUCAAUUUGUCACCUGGAGCAGGUGUUCCCGUCCAUAUCUGAGCCUUCAUCAUGGAGUCUGGCCGCAGAGUUCGUCCACCAGCGGUCGGCCGAGCACAUACAAUUUACCAAGUUUUCCCAGCCAUUGGUGACGGCUCCGCAGCUGAUUCUGCUGGCUGUGUUCGAGGAUUGA